AAUUGUAACAACUAUUGGGUGCAUCGAUUUUAUUGCGGUUGUUUUCACGUGAUAAUCAUGUUAAAUUAGUAUGUUUGUUCUUCCGUUGGCGCGGGUUUGAAUAAUAACCUCGCUUCUCUUGCUUUUUCACCUCUUCAGCGACACGCGCGUUUUUCUGGCGGCCGCCGCUACGUCUUAACCCGGAGCGAUACUCGCGCGCGCCAAAAUCGUCCCUGCAACUAACUGGAGAUUGUUUGUUGCAUACGGGGCUCGGACAGGGUUGAAGGUUCUCGCGACGGCCUAGAAUAGGCCGCGGUGCAGGAUUCUUAUUGGUGCUGAUGUGCGAGCUGGACCUGGAGUUUGACCGCGGCAAAACUUCCAUGUGAACGGAUUUACGUGAGUACCGCGAGCACUGCGCUUCCUUAGGUUGCGUAAUAAGCAAGUGGCGGAAGAGGUUCUCGAUUGGUAUGAAUGCAGGCGCGUCCGGGCGCAACUUGUUCGUGGACUUUUCACCGAGCACGUUUUCCUUGCCGGUUUUCUUUGACAUUUUGGUUGGUUUUGGAAAAGUGCGUGCUUAGCGCUUCCAAAUAUUUAUUUAAACUGACUUCGUUUAUAAAUUCUGUCAAACUUUUGUUUAGUCUAAGCAACUUGAUACUGACACAAAAUGGCCGACGGCAAAACGAUAAGUUAAUUAUUUACGGUACCUUAGACACACCGGUAUACUUUCGCCUAUUGUUCCGGUUACGACUUGGAAGAGAAUUCCCAGUGAUAUCAUACCAAGUAGUGCCAACUUCUAAAAAAAUAGUCAAAAUUUAAACAGCGCACAGCAGCCAUCUUGCUUAUGAAAAUUUACCAUCGUGUCGAUUUGAAAUUUGUUCUUUGGUCGCGAUGAAAUUGAUACUGAGCUUUGCCAAUCGUACGCGCGCAAUUUAUACCCUCAGAAUGCGGGGGUGCCUUUUAAACUGCAUUCGUACAUAUUCCCAAACACGCACGCACAACCGCGCAAGAACACGCCGCCAUGGUGACACGUGUCGCUCGCGGGUUGUCGCGGCUACGUGCGAAAACCAAGAAUUGGUAUUGCGUGGGCUUAAUUAUACUCAAGCCACAAGUCAAGAUGAUAUAAUGGGUUCGCUGAAGGAAGUCUUACUACUCGUUGGAGUGCUUUUCUUAUUCAAUUAUAUUGUUCUGCAUGUGGAUGCGAAUCCAAUCGGUGUUUGUAUAAGAAAUUGCGCGCAAUGUAAGAAGAUGUUCGGUCCGUACUUCGAGGGCCAGCUGUGUGCGGACGCGUGCGUCAAAUUCAAAGGCAAAAUUAUUCCCGACUGCGAGGACAUCGGAUCGAUUGCGCCGUUUCUGAACAAAUUUGAUUAACCUGGAGACAUCGGCAAUUUGUGAUUGAUGCGAGAUGAUAUGAUUUGAUUCAUUUGAUUCCACGGCGCUUGCAUUACGAACAAAUCUUUUUGCGCGCAAUGCCUGCUUCAGGAUAUGGCGCAAUCACGCGCGAUUGGAAUUGAUUCACGCAUUCUUCGAAUGGCUAUCAGUCGCAACUUUUCAAUUUUAAUUUAAUUAGCAUCGAUGCUGUAUCUGUGAUUAUGUAACUCUAAGCGUGUAUCUAAUUUAUUAUUUUGAUUUACUGAUGUGAUUCAUAUGAAAUAUAUGAGUUUGAAUCGA